CUUUUUUCUUUUGAUUGAUGGUGGGAUUGGUCUUUUGAGAACAGAAGCAGCCCAUAGAUCACAAUGGAGUUGAUGGGUUCCACUUCCACUUGAUUGCCGUAACAUCGUCAGAUCACCACAGGAUUUUCGAGAUUGUGCUUCCCUUUUGGUGUAGUUAGAGCUUGUUCAUUGCUUCUUUGGUUGUUUGGGCCGAUUAGAACCUAGUCACAUGAAGAGAUCUGCAGUUCUGCUAGAAACUCUUAUGAUUCUUGCAACGGUCGGUCAGUCAUCAUGGGCUGCCUUGUCUACUUCAUCCUGCAAGGAGAUGGGAUCAAGCACGUACCGGCCACACACUGUCACUGUAACAGAGUUUGGUGCCGUUGGUGAUGGUGUCACGCUAAAUACCAAAGCCUUUCAGAAUGCUAUCUUUUAUCUCCAUUCAUUUGCAGAUAAGGGUGGGGCGCAGCUGUUUGUGCCUGCUGGAAAGUGGCUGACUGGAAGUUUUAGUCUCAUCAGCCAUCUCACUAUAUCACUAGACAAGGAUGCCGUAAUAAUUGGAUCCAUGGAUUCCUCUGAUUGGCCAGUCAUUGAUCCAUUGCCAUCAUAUGGCCGGGGUAGGGAGCUACCUGGUGGAAGACAUCAAAGCCUCAUACAUGGGUCCAACCUGACUGAUGUGAUAAUAACAGGUGGCAAUGGGACUAUCAAUGGCCAAGGCAGCGUUUGGUGGGAUUGGUUUAACAACCACAUUCUCAACUAUACUCGACCACAUCUCAUAGAACUCAUUUACUCAACUGGAGUGGUCAUCUCAAAUCUUACAUUCAUUAACUCACCAUUUUGGGCCAUCCACCCCGUAUAUUGCAGCCAAGUGCUCAUCCAGAAUGUCACAAUCCUUGCCCCACCCGAUUCACCAAACACAGAUGGAAUAGAUCCAGAUUCGUCCAGUAAUGUCUGCAUUGAAGAUUGUUACAUCAGCACCGGUGAUGAUCUUAUUGUCAUCAAGAGUGGAUGGGAUGAGUAUGGCAUUUCUUAUGCUCAUCCAAGCUCCAACAUCAGCAUCCGACGCAUCGUAGGAGAAGCCAAAUCAGGUGCAGGCAUUGCCUUUGGGAGUGAGAUGUCUGGUGGCAUAUCGGAUGUGGAGGCAGAGGACAUAUCUCUGUUUAAUUCAUUGUAUGGCAUCAGAAUAAAGACAUCUCCAGGACGUGGUGGGUAUGUUCAGUACAUCCACAUCUCCAACGUUGUUCUGAACAAUGUCAACAUAGCCAUUGGUAUAACUGGACAAUAUGGUGAGCACCCAGAUGAGAAUUUUGAUCCAAAUGCACUUCCCAUUAUAAAAAUGAUCACCCUGGAAGACAUUAAGGGAACAAAUAUCAAACAUGCUGGCACAUUAGAAGGUAUUCAAGGUGAUAACUUCAGCAGUAUUUGCUUGUUCAAUGUCCACCUCAAUGUGACCUCAAGUUCUCCAUGGCAAUGCUCAUAUAUCCAAGGCUCUUCUAACUUGGUCUCUCCAGAAUCAUGUGAGCCACUCAGAAACCCAUACCAAACCUCAGUUUGCUACACAGCUAACCAUGUAAGAACUCAAAAUCUGGUGCAAGCUGCUUGAGUAGCCUGUUCAGAGUUUUGGCAUCAUCCUAACCCAAGUCUGGCACUGCACACAAAAAAAUAAUUCAUAUCAAAGAAUGUCCAAUUGUCUACAGAAUCUGGUACAUGCUUUUUUUUUUAAAUUUUGUUUAUGUAUCGACAUAUUGCUUUGACUUCCAGUUGAAACUGGUAAUGCUUUGUUAUCAUAACAA